AUGUAUAAGAAGGUGCCUGGUCGUCUUCUUCUCUUUGAGCGGUUGAGAAGAUCUCAUCAUCGAACGAUGAUGCCAAAUGCAGGACAAUACAAUGCCUGGAGUCUAUGGCCGCAGUGCAAUCACACCAUAACAACCAGUAUCGUGCGCAGCAGGCGACUUGAUGAUGUCAAAUUAGUCGUCAUUGGCCGGCAGUCCAUCAGGCACAGUCUCCCGGCCUGGAAACCAGUGCAUACAAAACUCACUGACUCGUCCGAUGAGCCGUACGAGGCCAACACGGUCUCUGUGGCAGUGUCAGGGCAGGGGUCGAUUCCCCGACUGAUAGAUGUCUUGAUCACCACCCGCCUUUUCCUCCCAAGUGGUACAAAUCGCGUAAUAUACAGAGACUCUUUUGGUGGAGGCGAGAUUUCUGUCGAGUUUAUUGCAGAACACGACCUAUUGUAUUUACCAGCCCCUGCCACAAAAGUCGCCGACUUAGGAAACACCGCAUACAGUAUCCCAUGCUCGUCUUUAGUGGAUGUGCUUAUCGAUUAUUUCUGGCGCUCGUCUGACUGGUCGACAACCACAGAAUAAGACGAUUUUCCGUAUCUUCUGGCCGAAAAGAUCUCAAGUUCCCCCAAUAACAUCACCCUGGUAACCACGGCACAGAAACUUUUUGGGCCAAUUGCACUGGGUCGUGCAUAUCAAAGAAAUUGGCGACGGAGUUUGAGAUGGUGGAGAAGGAAAUUCGGUAUCAAGUAUUAGCU